AUGGCAAAGAACAGUGAUGAUGAUUUGCCAUCUGCUGUAGACCUGUGGUCUGAUCAUAUUGAGCAAAUGGAAGAGAAUGUGAAUGAGUGGAAGAGAGGGAUAUGGAUAUGGGAAGGAGUAGAGAGAGAAUCUCAGAGCAUUAGAAGACGUCAGAAUGGCGAUUUAGAGGGGGAGAAAGGUGCUGAGAUUCACAGGAGUGAAACAAGCACACCGAAAAUCAUCAAAUCGACUAAAACUUGCCCAUCUAUCCUCCAAAUUCCAUCAAAAUUGAUGCCAAGCGCUCGUGCGAAGCAGCGCAUCACUACAACAUCCAGUUCGCAUCGACAAAACCGCUCAGACGUGGGUAAAUCAUCCACUAGCUUGGAUGUUGGUUCCAGAAUGAAAUCGGGCGAAAAUGGCCCAGAGGACCACUUUGUCAAAGACCUGAUCGAGAUGAAGGAGUGUCUCCGUGGCGGAGGGCUUCGGCCUCAGCAACUUGUGCCAGGAGCGCUGUGCCAAGUAACACUCGAUUUUAUUACUGAAGUGUAA